GGAAGUGUCCUUCGUCGUGACCGUCGUCGACCGCAGCCACCGGGCCCCCUCCUUCAUAUCGCCUGAAGCGAUUUCUCUGCAUAAGGACCGAUGGGCCAUCUACUGCCCAGGAGCGGGAGCCCGCUUGGCGCUCGUCUUAGCAACAGGAAUUUCUAUCGCAGCUAUCUGGAGAGUUAUCACGUGUACAGCUCGGACGACAGUGACACAAGCGACAACGAGACGCUCAGCUCGACAGGUGCCCAGCCCGAAGGAACUCCAGUGCCACCGGGGUUCCCUGGAUAUUCACCUCCUGUCGAAGGGCAGCAGUCCAACGGACGCUCCAGUGCAGUUGGCUUCGUGGACAUGAAGGCCAUUUGGCACGCUCUUAGCACUGUCUUCUGUAUUACGUUUUGUUGCGUCUUUGUCAUCACGUUAUGCGAGAUGUGGGCAUUCCCAGGAAUGGUUUCGCAAGCCACAGAGCUGGCGUCGUUGUGGCGCCCAUGGUACGAUCGACACGGUGCCGUGUCCCCUCGCAUCCUGAUUUGGACCGGCCCGUCUUCUAAGAUUUCCGAGGCUCCCGGUGCCCACGCAGCAGUACCAUGCCUAGCGACAGCGAAUACCUCCACGGCUCAACACGGGAACUGGACCGCGCGCAAUUUCACCGCCGAUGAGAACGUCGACAGCUACGACGUUCCGAAGCAGUGCGCAGUGACCUACGACCGGCGCCUUCUUAUGGAAAGUGACGCAAUCGUUUUCCACGCCGACCGCGUGAACGUCAGCGACCUUCCCAGAGAACGCGCUACCGACCAAGUGUGGGUGUUUUGGGCGCGCACUCACCCGGUAAUGCCGACAUUCGGGCGGGAAGUUAGUCUACUUGGCGCUAUCUCCCGCUUUUUCCGGGGUAAGCUUUCUCCGUCAGCACUGCCCAUCCAGUUGGCACGGGUCUUUAACUGGACCAUGUCCCAUCGAGAGGACUCCGUGGUUCACAUUCCCCACAGGACUUUUGGUCCUGGCGUCCUGUCCACCACUGAUUCCCCGACGUCAACCAUCAAUUCCGGCGAUCGGUGGGCCAUGGACACCAGGCAGGACGCUGCCUGGAUCGCCUCGGACUGCGAAUUGGAAAGAUACAAGGAAGAACACGACAAGAUGCGUUCUAGUCACAAUGGCCGGCACUACAGGGGCCCCACGGCACGCCUCAUAGGCCUACACAUUCUACCCAACUGUGGUGCUGCCCUGUGCGAGUCGCCAGCCGACUGCGUGGCGCAGGUUGCCAAGAACUUCAAGUUUAUCGUGGUGACAGCGUCGCCGGCUUGCUUUCAGAGCGUGUACCACCUCGUCUACGAGGCGUUCAAGCACGACCUCAUCCCAAUCGUGCUUGCGGAGCGCCACACCGUGCUCAAUUUCCCACCCAAAUCUGUGGUCAACGCUGCGACCUUGGCGGCGCCCGGCAAGCUUCAGUCGCGCCUGAUACACCUGCUGGAAGAUCCCGCCGAGUACGAGAGUUACUUCGCCUGGAAACGAAACUUCACGGUAUCCGCACUCGAGGACGAGCUGUGCCCGCUGUGCGCAGCUCUGCAGGGGAAGACCAGGCCAGUGGCUCCGGCAGGGCUGGACAUCCGGGAGUGGUGGGAGCGUCGCGCCAGAUGCCAGCACGUGCACUCGGUUGGCAUGAGUUUUUUCAGGGCUACUAUAGCUGGCCGCGCUCGUUCUCAUAACGCAGGGCACUACAGAGCUCCGCAACUGCAACAGGACCUCUUCGAAUGCUAGCGGUAAUUCUCCUAGGCCUAUCAGUAUUUGCUGCCAUAUGUCUAGCUGUAAAAGUAGCUAUGUAAAAGCAGCCACGUGUCUCACCGCAGGUAAUUGCUUUUUGGGGGCAUUGUAUUCCAUAAUGUUCUAUGUGUGUAUACUGAAAUAGAAGUUGUUUGCCAUCGUAUUUGCGCUAAUGUAUUAGUCAUUUUUUGUGAUAUAUUUGCACUGUCACUUUGCAGCGCUACUAUUUUUGUUGCACGUGGUUUAGUGUAUAUUUCUUCAUUUCAUUUGCCAGUUCCCUUUUUUUGGCAAUAUUUUGUAGUCCUUCCCUUCUCAUUGUCUCUGUGUUGAUGAUAUGACCGCAUUCAAGGUAUCGUGUGUGCUUACUUCAUUUUUACGAACAAUUC